AUUCCAUUUCCAUUCCCGUCGUGUCAAAAAAAAAAAAUUCCAUCCCUCUCCCAAAACCCUCGCCUUCGCCCACCGCACCAACAGCUCCGCAAAGGCGAAGGGGCGAGGAGGGAGCGGGGAUGGUGGUGCGGAUCCGGCUGGCCCGGUUCGGAUGCCGGAACAGGCCCUUCUACCGGCUGAUGGCCGCCGACAGCCGCUCCCCGCGCGACGGCAAGCACCUCGAGGUGCUCGGAUACUACAACCCGCUCCCCGGGAAGGAUGGUGGCAAGAGGAUGGGGUUAAAAUUUGACCGGGUGAAGUAUUGGUUGUCGGUUGGGGCACAGCCAUCAGAUCCUGUUGAGUGCAUACUCUUUCGUGCGGGAAUUCUACCUCCACCUCCAAUGUUAGCUAUGGCACACAAGGGCGGGCCUCGAGACAGACAGCCUAUUGAUCCGAUGACUGGACAGCCUUUGGACAUUGAAGGUCUCACAAUUGUUGAUAAUCCUAAUAUGCCGGAUGGUGAAAAUGGAGCAUCUAUUGAGGAGAUGGCUUGAACGGGGCAUGAUAAAGACGGCUUGAACGGGGCAUGAUAGUAUUAUACUUUAGUAUAACUAUGCUAGAUAAGAGUUGUUUUAGCAUUUAUGCCCAUCGGAUUGGGUUGCUAGCUUGUUACUGUUGCACAAUUUGAGAACUUUUUGACAAGUGACUUCUGAACAAUCAUUACAUUAUGCAUCUGAAGUUUAGUUAUGAAAAAACUUCUAGUUUUUCUUUUUCUUGAAUAUUCUUCACCA